AUGUCUGCCGGAGAGCUUGCUUGCACUUACGCUUCUUUGAUCCUCCACGACGAUGGCAUCGCCGUCACCGCGGAGAAAAUCGCUACUCUGGUUAAGGCGGCGAAUUUGAAUGUGGAGUCGUACUGGCCGAGCCUCUUUGCCAAGCUAUGUGAGAAGAAGAACAUCGAGGAUCUCAUCGUCAACGUGGGAUCCGGCGGUGGCGCCGCCGUCUCUGUGGCUGCUCCGGCAGGCGCUUCGGGUGGCGCAGCUGCCGCAGCUGCUCCCGCCGUCGAGGAGAAGAAGGAGGAGCCGAAGGAGGAAAGUGAUGAUGACAUGGGAUUCAGCUUGUUUGAUUAG